UGUAAUGUAUUUCACCGAUUUGAAUGACAACCAGUGUUGGUCAACAAGCAAACAAUGAUUGUUGUGUAUACAAAGUCGACGAAAAGAAAACAAUAAUCAAGUCCUCAAAACCAAAAGCAAAUAAUUGGGUUUCAAUCAAAAAAAAAAAAAAAUAAAAUAAUACAAACCAAUAAAUACUAAAAAUAAAAUGAGCACUCGACUCUGCGCUUAUAGGGAUUGCCAUAGUUUCUAUUAUCGCCAGGAUAACAGUGGCUGCAGCGAAGUGACGCUCUUCGCAUUUCCUAAAGAUCCGAAGCGUGCCGAGCAAUGGCGUUUACUUGGCCAAGUGCAUCCUAAAAUUGGACCCAAGCAGUUAUAUAUGUGCUCUAAGCAUUUCGAUACCAAAUAUUUAUCAUUAAAUAAAAAUCGUCGCAUAUUGUUGGGCGAAGCGCUGCCUUUUCCAUUUGAAGAUGUCAAUAAAGCGGACAAAAUGGCUGAGGAGACUCCAACAGAAUUGACUGCGACAUCUUCAACUGAACAGCAAAGCUAUUACAUAAAUUCGUCCGGAAAUAAAAUUCAGUUUAACGAAGAUAACCCUAGGGACAUUUCAUCAUCCUCGCAACAAAGUUUUUAUAUUAACAUGGACGAUGAUGAUUUAAGCAUAGACAAAGUUGUCAUGGUGGAGUCAACGACAACGCAAGUCGCAGAUCCAGGAGACGAUAUGUUUGAGAAAAUUGAGGUCAACUACAUGCCACCUAACCAAAAACGCCCACGUCCUGCUACACCAAAGGAGGUGGAGACGCUACUUCCGACUGAUGAUCAACUUAUAGACACAUCGGAGGUAUCAAUCUUCAAGUUCAAGGGCGAACAAUAUGUGCAAAUGUCGAGGGAAUAUUAUUUGCAGGAGAAACGCCAAUUAAUGGAACAAUUGCGAAACUACCAGCGCACACUGUCCAACAUUAAGCUGCAAUUGAUGCCAUUAAAGGAACUGUGAAACGAUCAAAAAUUAUAUAUAUA